AUGUCUGCUCCACAAGGGCCCCGGGGCGGCGCUGGCCCUGCUGCUGCUGCUGCCUCAGCGGCCGGCGCCAUGCCGGAGAUGCCGGACCUCAGCCACCUCACCGAGGAUGAGAGGAAGAUCAUCCUCGGUGUCAUGGACCGACAGAAGAAGGAGGAAGCGAAGGAACAGACGAUGUUAAAGAUCAAAGAAGAACCAAAGCCUCAGUCGGCACAGUGGUUUCCCUUUAGUGGGAUCACUGAGCUGGUAAAUAACGUUCUUCAGCCCCAGCAAAAGUCCCAAAAUGACAAGGAGCCAGAGCCAGACGCGAAGUUGCACCAGCAGUUUGAAUCGUACAAGGACCAGGUUAAGAAGAUGGGGGACGAAUCAAAGCCGGUUCAGGACCAGAAGAGCGAAGCUCCAACCUGCGGGAUAUGCCACAAAACCAAGUUUGCCGAUGGCUGUGGCCACCUCUGUUCAUAUUGCCAAACGAAAUUCUGUGCUCGGUGCGGAGGACGAGUGUCUCUGCGGUCAAAUAAGGAGGACAAAGUGGUUAUGUGGGUAUGCAACUUGUGCCGAAAACAACAAGAAAUCCUCACCAAAUCGGGGGCGUGGUUCUACGGCUCGGGGCCCGGUCAGGUGCGGGGCGUGUUUGAGGGCGGGCCGCAGGGGAAGAAGGCCAAACUGCAGGACCCGUCCUUGUACCCCUACCAGGGAGCCUCAGGGGACUUGACACCAGCGUCAGACAGAAGCAGACCUCACGGCGGGCUCCUGCCCAGACAGGCGUCCCUUGACAACGGUUCGGGGCUGAGGUACUCGGGACCCAACGACGCACCCAUAGACAGGAAACGAAGCCCAUCUGCAUCCAGGGAUCCAAACCAAAAAUACGACCAAAGGGAGGGGGGCGACCACUCACAGUAUGCCCCGACGGACGGCGGCAUGCCCAGAUCACCGUCCGACUAUGGGGAUGGGGACCCUCGGCGGGCUCCGCGGGGCCCUCACAUGUACCCAGACGUGGAUGCGGCACGGAUGGGCUACCGGGACCGACGGGGCCCUGGACGCUGGCACUCCCAGGAAUAUCCGCUGGACCAGGAGCUAGAUGGACCCCCCAGCGAUUAUGACCUACAGCGGCAGCGCCAGGAGGAGUUCCAGGCACGGUAUCGUAGCGACCCCAACCUGGCGCGAUAUCCUGUUAAGCCGCAGCCCUAUGAGGAGCAGAUGAGGAUGCAUGCUGAGGUGGGCCGGCUGAGGCACGAGCGCCGCCAUAGUGAUGUCUCUCUAGCUUACACGGAGCAGGAUGAACCUGGACCCAUCCGGCUGUCCCGUCAGCAUCUCACAGAGCGCCGGCCACCUAUGGUGGGACAGCGCUCUUACUCUGUUGACCGCUCCUCCCCGGGGCCCAUGGGUCCAGGCCUCGGGGGCCACAGAACCUCCAACCACAGUCCCCCGACGCCACACCGCAGCCCUGUGCUGGGUGACCGAUCUGGGGACCUGCGGAGAGGAGACAUGGGUGGAGGCGGGGAUCCCAUGAGGAGGCAGCAACACCACUUGGACCCCAGUUCAGCCGUUCGAAAGACCAAGAGGGAGAAGAUGGAGAGCAUGUUGAGGAACGACUCUCUCAGCUCAGACCAGUCGGAAUCGGUGCGUCCGCCACCCCCCAAGCCCCACAAAACCAAAAAGGGAGGGAAGAUGCGGCAGGUGUCACUGAGCAGCUCGGAGGAGGAACUGGCCACCACACCAGAGUACACCAGCUGCGAGGACGUGGAGAUAGAGAGUGAGUCAGUCAGUGAGAAAGGGGACAGUCAAAGGGGAAAAAGAAAAACUAUUGAGCAGGCAUUUAUGUCCGAGCCGACACACACCUUAUCUGAGAGGCAAAAGAAAAUGGUGCGCUUUGGGGGACACUCAUUUGAAGAGGACUUGGCAUGGUGUGAACCGCAGGUUAAAGACUCGGGAGUUGAUACGUGCAGUAGCACUACCCUAAACGAGGAGCAUAGCCAUAGUGAGAAGCACCCGGUGACGUGGCAGCCGUCCAAAGAUGGGGAUCGCCUAAUAGGGCGUAUUUUGCUCAACAAGCGCAUGAAAGAUGGAAGUGUGCCUCGAGACUCAGGAGCUCUGCUUGGUCUGAAGGUGGUGGGAGGCAAGAUGACAGAAUCUGGUAGACUUUGUGCUUUCAUCACUAAAGUGAGGAAAGGAAGUCUAGCAGACACUGUUGGACACCUCAGACCAGGUGACCAAGUGCUGGAGUGGAAUGGGAAACUUUUACAAGGAGCCACAUUUAAAGAAGUUUACAAUAUCAUACUAGAAUCCAAGCCUGAGCCGCAGGUGGAGCUGGUGGUCUCACGGCCAAUAGGAGAUAUUCCGAGGAUACCAGACAGCACACAUGCACAACUGGAAUCAAGUUCGAGUUCUUUUGAGUCUCAGAAGAUGGAUCGCCCGUCCAUCUCCGUCACGUCCCCCAUGAGUCCCAGCAUGCUGAGGGACGCCCCCCAAUACCUGUCAGGACAACUCUCAAGCCAAAGCCUUAGUAGAAGAACAACGCCUUUUGCCCCUAGGGUCCAGGUCAAACUGUGGUAUGACAAAGUGGGUCAUCAGCUUAUCGUCACCAUCCUGGGCGCCAAAGACCUGCCACCCAGGGAAGAUGGCCGGCACAGGAACCCUUAUGUCAAAAUCUACUUCCUCCCUGAUAGAAGCGACAAAAGCAAGAGGAGAACAAAAACGGUAAAGAAAUCCUUAGAGCCCAAAUGGAACCAGACCUUUAUGUAUUCGCCGGUGCACCGGCGGGAGUUUCGGGAGCGCAUGCUGGAGAUCACAUUGUGGGACCAAGCCAGGGUGAGGGAGGAGGAGAGCGAAUUCCUGGGGGAGAUCCUGAUUGAGCUGGAGACAGCUCUUCUGGAUGAUGAGCCACACUGGUACAAGCUUCAGACACACGACGUGUCCUCCAUCCCGCUCCCACGUGCCUCACCCAACACACAGCGCAGGCAGCUCCAUGGAGAGAGUCCAACCCGGCGGCUGCAGAGAUCCCAGAGGAUAAGUGACAGUGAGAUCUCAGACUACGAUUGUGAAGAUGGUGUCGGUGUAAUAACAGACUACCGGCCAAAUGGCAGAGACUUCCAGAGCUCCACGUUGUCUGUCCCUGAGCAGGUGAUGUCGUCUAACCACUGCUCCCGGUCAGCUGAUAUAAACCGAGCACGUUCGCGCUCCCCCAGCGUUCCCCCACCAUCCAGCCGCAAACAACGUGUGUACCCGAUCUGCAGAGAGGAAGCAGUCAGGUUACUGCGUUCCACUAGGAUGGCCCGUGCUCAUUCUGAGGGCGCCUACUCUUCCGACUAUGACUACGAGAGGAACCACGGAGCCAUGGAUAGACACGAGUAUCACAUCAGGUCCCGCUCUGCAGACCAGCGGCCCACUAUAGAGCGCCCCACGUCCCGCUCGCGCUCCACUGAACGCCCCCACGACUCUUCGCUCAUGAGGUCCAUGCCGUCUCUGCCAUCUGGGAGGUCCGCCCCCCCCUCACCUGCCUUGACGAGGGCGCAUCCUCGUAGUGGAUCAGUCCAGACCAGUCCCACCAGUACCCCCAUGUCCAGCAGACGAGGUCGGCAACUCCCACAGCUUCCACCCACAGGGAAGGAGAGAAAAGAUGGAGACGAAGGAACAGAGCCUUGUGAAGAAGACACGGACUCACCAAGUUGGACGAACUCAGGUUUGGAAAUGGAGGAGAGGACCAGGCAGAUGAAAAUGAAGAUUAACAAGUACAAACAGGGAACCGGCUCCGACUCCAGGCUGGAGCAGGACUACCACAAGCGUUCAGGCAGAGAUCCACGGGGCUCAGAUAACCUAUCGGCCAAGUCAUCAGACAGUGAUGUAAGCGACGUGUCCGCUGUGUCGAGAACCAGUAGUGCCUCUCGGUUCAGCAGCACGAGCUACAUGUCUGUCCAAUCAGAAAGGCCUCAAGGAAACCGCAAGAUCCGUGACUUUGCAUCCAAAAUGAAAAACAGGCAGAUGGGCUCGUCGGGCGGCAUGAACAUGACCAAGAGCACAAGCAUCAGCGGCGACAUGUGUAACCUGGAGAAGACGGACGGCAGCCAAUCGGACACGGCGGUCGGCACGGUAGGCACUGACGACAAGAAGAGGCGCUCCAGCAUUGGUGCCAAAAUGCAGGCCAUGGUUGGCAUGUCACGCAAGAGCCGGAGUACCUCUCAGCUCAGCCAAACAGAAGCGGGAGGUAAGAAGUUACGCAGCACUAUCCAGAGGAGCACAGAGACGGGCCUGGCGGUGGAGAUGAGGAGCAGGAUGACUCGGCAGGCCAGCCGGGAGUCCACAGAUGGAAGCAUGAACAGCUACAGCUCUGAGGGAAAUCUCAUCUUCCCCGGUGUGAGGCUCUCCUCAGAUGCCCAGUUCAGUGACUUCCUGGAUGGUCUGGGUCCCGCUCAGCUGGUCGGGCGACAGACGUUGGCUACUCCACCCAUGGGCGACAUCCAAAUCGGCAUGGUGGAUAAGAAAGGAGCACUGGAGGUGGAGGUCAUCCGAGCCCGCGGCCUUGUGGGAAAACCAGGUUCCAAGGCACUGCCAGCACCAUAUGUUAAGGUCUACCUUUUGGAAAACGGAGUCUGUAUAGCCAAAAAGAAAACAAAAGUAGCAAGAAAAACCUUGGAUCCUCUUUACCAGCAGCAACUGCCGUUUGAGGAGAGUCCGGGAGGGAAGGUUUUACAGGUCAUUGUGUGGGGUGACUAUGGACGUAUGGACCAUAAAUCAUUCAUGGGAGCAGUUCAGAUACUGUUAGACGAGCUGGACCUGUCCAACAUGGUGAUUGGCUGGUUCAAGCUCUUUCCUCCUUCCUCACUGGUGGACCCUACUCUGGCCCCACUGACAAGAAGAGCUUCCCAAUCCUCACUGGACAGUUUCUCUCGAUCAUAG